AUCUAACAUAACCUUUUCUUUUCCCACUCCCACCACCUCAUCUCUCUUCCUUUCAUUGUUAUAUUCAUCUUUUUGUACCCAUACCGCAACCCCAUGACAUUUCUCUGUAAUUAUGAAGAAACACAAACACCGCCACCAACCUCUCCAGUUAUUUCUGCUUCCCAUUUUCCUAUUCUUCCAAUCCAUUUCAGCUGUUGAUUUUGUGUUCAAUGGCUUCAACUCCUCAGAUAUGUUACUAUAUGGCUCAGCCACCGUUGAAUCUCGUAUUCUAACACUCACUAACGAAACAAAUUUCAUGAUUGGUCGUGCUCUUUACCCUCAAAAGAUUCCCACAAAGAAGCCAAACUCUUCUUAUGUCUAUCCUUUCUCAACUUCUUUCAUCUUUUCUAUGGCUCCUUAUAAGAACACUCUUCCUGGGCAUGGCAUGGUUUUCAUUUUUGUACCCGUUACUGGCAUCGAAGGAGCUACCUCAUCUCAAAAUCUCGGCCUUCUCAACUACACCAACGGGAAUUCCAAAAGCCAUGUCUUUGGUGUCGAAUUCGAUGUGUUUAAGAACCAAGAAUUCGAUGACAUAAGUGCCAACCAUGUUGGAAUCGACAUGAACUCCCUCAAAUCAGUGGAAGCACACGAUGCUGGGUACUGGCCCAACAGCCAAGGAAGCAAUAACACCAACAGUGGUGCUCAAGAUGAGAAGUCAUUCAAGGAAUUGAAGCUGAACAAUGGUGAAAAUUACCAAGUUUGGAUUGAUUACUCUGAUUCUUUAAUUAAUGUUACUAUGGCUCCUGUAGGCUUGGCAAGACCUCAUAGGCUUUUGUUGAGUGUUCCUCUUAAUCUUUCUGAGGUUUUUGUGGAUGAAAUGUAUGUUGGAUUUACUAGUUCUACUGGACAAUUAGUUCAAAGUCACAAACUUUUGGCUUGGAGUUUUAGUAAUUCAAACUUUUCGUUAAGUGAAAUGUUGAUUACAACAGGUUUGCCAUCGUUUGUUCUUCCAAAAAGUUCGAUAGUUAGAUCAAAGGGGUUUAUUGCAGGAGUCACAGUGGGAUGUUUCUUUGGUAUUGGUCUUAUUGCUCUGUUUACUCUGUUUUUUAUUAAGAGGCAGCGAAGGAGAGCAAGGGAGAGAGAGGAAAUGGAAGAAUGGGAAUUGGAGUAUUGGCCACAUAGAAUUACGUAUCAAGAAAUUGAGGCGGCAACAAAGGGGUUCUCGGAAGAAAACGUGAUUGGAAUUGGAGGGAAUGGGAAAGUCUAUAAGGGUGUGUUAAAGGGAGGAGGAGCAGAGAUUGCAGUGAAAUGCAUAUCUCAUGAAAAUGAUGGGAUGAGAGAAUUUUUGGCUGAAAUUUCAAGCCUUGGAAGAUUGAAGCAUAGAAGUUUGGUAGGGUUGAGAGGUUGGUGCAAGAGAGAGAAGGGGAGCUUCAUGUUGGUUUAUGACUACAUGGAGAAUGGGAGUUUGGACAAGUGGGUGUUUGAAUGUGAUGACAGUAAGAUGUUGAGCUGUGAAGACAGGAUAAGGAUUUUGAAAGAUGUGGCCUCAGCGGUCUUGUAUUUACAUGAGGGAUGGGAAGCCAAAGUUCUACAUAGGGACAUUAAGGCUAGCAAUGUGUUACUUGAUAAGGAUAUGAAUGGAAGGCUAGGGGAUUUUGGACUAGCCCGGAUGCACGACCAUGGUCAAGUGCCUAACACGACGAGGGUGGUUGGAACUGUCGGAUAUUUGGCACCGGAAGUGAUUAGGAGUGGACGUGCAUCGGCUCAAACCGAUGUGUUUGGAUUUGGGGUCUUGAUUUUAGAAGUCAUGUGUGGGAGGAGGCCUAUAGAGGAAGGGAGGCCACCUUUGGAAGAGUGGGCAUGGCAAUUUAUGGUAAAAGGACAAUUACUUAAUGCCCUUGAUGAGAGAUUGAGGGCUAGAGGUGGGUUUGAUGAGGAGGAAGUGGAGAAGGUGCUUCACUUGGGCUUGUUGUGUGCCUAUCCUGAUCCAAGUGCAAGGCCGAGUAUGAGACAAGUAGUGAAAGUAUUGGAGGGGAAGAUUGAGUUGGAUGAGUCAGAAAGUGAGGACAUUGAUAUAUAUUUGCUCCAAAAAAUGAAAUCCAGGGAUAUGCUCCAAAAUUAUGGCUCUUCAUUACACCCAACAUUUGAAGAUAUUCGGCAGACCCAAUCUUCAUUCAUGUCUCUCUCUUGGUCCAAAAGUAUGGUGGAGGGCAGGUGAUAUAUUCUACUUUGUGAAUAGAAAAUGAGGGUCAUUUGUUGGUUGGAAAUGUUGGGGCACUUGAGGAUUAUUAGUGUGUUGUUGUUUAUGCACCUUACUUCAUUCGUUCAUUAAUGUUAUUCAAUUCAGCCUACAUUUGUUAUACUUACAGAAUAUGCGUUGAAUUAUGAUUAUAAUGCACAUCAUGAUGUCUUGUAUUAAUAAUCGUCAAAUUUCAGAAACAGUUAUCGGCUAAAAAAGAGUGUGAAAAUAUUGGCUCGGAUUGAGCUCUUGUUAGAACUUCAUUAUCAUAGGAAUCAUCCU